AUGCGGCUUUCAAAACGCCCUCGAUCGUGCUUCCAGCCAUCUGUGAGGGCUAUGAGCGGUGUGAUAGAUCGAAUCUGGCGACUGAAAACGGAGAAUGGAGUCAUUUUGGCUAUCUCAGCAAACCUCCAGCUCAAGACCCCUUUCCUCUUCACUUCCACUUCAAGGAUUCGGGUAUAUCGAACUCAAAAAAGCCCACUAUUAGUGGAGAGAUCAUUUCAGCUUAGGCGACUCGACAGAGACGCCGGUGGAGAGAUCACCUGUUCUUAUACCACGGAUUUCGAAGGCACAACUAGAUAUGAGCGUCCCGAAGUCUUGACCUUAGCGUGCAACUACACGGCCAGCCUCUCGGGCACUACUCUCCACCGACUUAGCGGCAUGCAACGACAAUUGAUUCAAGGGAUGCAAUAUCUUACCGGUGGCUUGGACCUGGAUGGGACAAUAGCCGACUCUAAAUUGAGAAUUGCUCCGGAAGCUUUCAGUGUACCUAUUUUCUCGGGAAUCUUCUUGAUCGAAUGA